CAGCAUGCCCCACCAUGUCAGUCGUGGCAGUGAACACCAGCUCCGAGAUCACCACCAAGGACUUGAAGGAGAAGAAGGAAGUUGUGGAGGAGGCAGAGAAUGGAAGAGAUGCACCUGCCAAUGGGAACGCUCAAAAUGAGGAAAAUGGGGAGCAGGAGGCUGACAAUGAGGUAGAGGAAGAAGAGGAAGAAGGUGGGGAGGAAGAGGAGGAGGAAGAAGGUGAUGGUGAGGAAGAGGAUAUAGAUGAAGAUGAGGAGGCUGAGGCUCCUACGGGAAAGCGGGUAGCUGAGGAUGACGAGGAUGAUGAUGUUGACACCAAGAAGCAGAAGACUGACGAGGAUGACUAGACAGCAGAAGGAAAAG